CUGGGCAGGAGAUUCCGGAAGAUACGUAGAGCACAUUUGCUGCCGUCCACGACCGGGAUUCCGUGCUCGCGUCACUCUUGCAGGAGCAGCGGCGUCUUUUCUCCGUCCGCUUUCUAGCAGGCUGCGAUUUUCUUUCGGCACUGAGAGGAAGCGUUCGCGGCACCAACGCAGCGGACGGUCUCUCGUGUCUUUUUCAUGACAAAGUGGAUCGACUGCUUUGCGGCGCAACCUCAGGGAAGAACAGGGCUGGUUCGUUUUGGUUGCCCUAUUUGCUGACUUGCUCUUCGGACCUAGGAACCGCAUCACUCUCUAGGCUUGCCGAGAGUCUUUUCGGCGAACCUUGCACAUGUACUGCACAGCGGAACGCGUUCCUUUUCCGCCGUGUCCUGUUCGUUUCCCCUUUCUAACACAGUGUCGUCGGUGUCACGGCAGUUGCGACACUUCGGCUUUCCCAUGCUGUCUCCAACUCGGUGAAGCACGUCUGUUUUCUCGUUCGUUUCUGGUAGCCUUUAAAGUUGACCAGCAUCGGGCGGCCGACCGUGUAGCUGCGGACAGCCGUCCACGCCUUUUGUGCUCGUGUUCUCCGUCGUUUCUUCUGUCCUACAACUCCGCAGAAAUGCACGUCCUUCUCGUAUCACCUGAUCCUUCGUUUUGGUGAACAGAAGCUCUUUUCCGUGCCGCGUGCAAUCUGCGUUGCCUUGUUUGUCUUGUGGCGUUGCCGUUCCCGCCCGGAACACCCCGACGUUUUGUCGAGUUUUCCUCCUCAAACUGGGGCUCUCCCACGGAAUUUUCUCUGCAUACACGUCUAUUCGAUUCACUGCAUCUCAAAAGAAGCACUGUUUUUUUCAGCCAAUGCAUCGUCGGCGACCACCACGGCAGUUCUGAGAGGGGUUCGUACUCCUGACACAACUGCCCGUUACCUCGAGCAGUUUGUUCGCCUCAGUAGCGACGUUUUUCGUUUUCAUUCGGUUGGGUCCUUCUUUGCAUUUUUACUGGUCUUCUCGAAUUUCGCUCCGCCUCUCUUCGCCAUAGUUUCAUCUGUUUCAUACCGUUCAUUCCGCGUCCCCUGGCGGUGUUGCCACACGCGUCCCGGCGGGCCGGACUUUGUCGUAUUGAGGACAUCCCCUGCUUCGUCGCGGUGCGUUGCCGUGUGCGUGUUCUCUGUUGAUCGUUUUCUGUUCCGGCCAUCUGCCAGCUUUUUGGUGCCUCGAGUAUUCGUUUUUUUCGUUGCAUUUUUGGUGCGCGCCCGUUGGGUCGGAGAAAUUACUGUAAAUCCCGUUCCUGGGGUCUCGUCCUUAACCAUCAAGAGUGAAGACACAUCAUCACUCGUAGUAGGAGACUGCGUACCAGAAUCUUCCGCCGAGGCAUUUGCGUGUGCUUCAGUCCUGCCCGCCGGUAGCUGAACUCGGUGCAGAAUUUUUUGCGCUCUCGAAACAGCAGACAACAUGACGGCAUCUUCUGCAGAUGGGGCGUCUGCCCCGGGAGGCGGCGACCCGGGAGAGGAGGAGGUCCGCUGCGCCGUUGGAACCAAGAUCUACGUCCCUGACGCCGCUGAUGUUUGGAGAACAGCGGAAGUGGUGAAGAUCCAAGAGGAUGGCAGUCUCACCGCCAGAGUCGAUGCAGACAAUGAACUGGUGCAGCUCAAAAAAAACGAUAUAUGGUAUCUGUGCAAUACCGAUGUGUGGAACACCACCGGACUGAGUGCGCCGACAGAUUUGACGAUGCUGACGCAUUUGCAUGAGGCGGCCGUCCUCGACUCUCUCAACCUCCGCUUCGAUAUCGACGAGAUCUACACUUUCACGGGUCCCAUUCUGAUUGCGGUCAAUCCUUUUAAACAGAUCACAGGUCUCUACGACAUGAAGCAAUUGGUUCGGUACAUCGCGAGUUCGGAGCUGCCGAUGCCCGGAGUGCCUUCUUCCUCGUCCGGCUCUUCUUCCAACGCACCCGUCGCGCUGCCGAUAUCUCGACAGCCUCACGUCUUCGCCUCGAGCAGCGCCGCGUACCAGGGCAUGUGCAACGAGAAGCAGAGUCAGACGAUUCUGAUUUCUGGGGAGAGCGGAGCAGGCAAGACAGAAAGCACGAAAUUCGUGAUGAAGUUCCUCGCCUGUGCCGGCAGCGAAGACUUGGAGCGCCGGUCGCAAGUCGAGGCGCAAGUCCUCGAGAGCAAUCCUCUCCUGGAAGCAUUCGGAAACGCCCGGACGCUGCGAAACGACAACAGCAGUCGCUUCGGGAAGUUCAUUGAACUCCAGUUCCAAACAAGCAAAGCCAAGCGGAUGUCUGGAAACCGCGGCAGGCUCUGUGGAGCUCGAAUUCAAACGUAUUUGCUGGAGAAGGUCCGCGUCUGCGACCAGCAAGAGGGAGAGAGGAACUAUCACAUCUUCUACCAACUUUGUGCAGCUGCAGAAGCUGCAGCUCAGACGGGAGGCAUCUAUUACUUCCCUUCCCCGAAAUUCCGAAAAGCCGCAGAUGCAAAGGCACAAGAGAUGGAUAUGUCUCUCUUCGAGCCGCGCGACAAAUUCAAGUAUUUGACCAAGAGCAGCUGCCACCAGCUGCAGGGCGUGGACGACUGCGAGGAGUUCGAGAGCACGCUCUUCGCGAUGCAGACGGUUGGCAUCUCCCCGGAGGAGCAAAUGAGCAUUCUCUCGGUCGUGGGCGCCGUUCUUUGUCUGGGAAAUGUUUCUUUCGAGACUCCGAAGGCCAAUAGCGAAGGAUCGCAGGUCGCAGCGAGCUGCACUGAGUACGUCUGCAAGGCCUGCCGCCUUCUGGGCGUCCAGAGGGAGGCUCUGCAAGAGGCGAUGUGCUACCGAACAAUCAAGACCGCACACGAGAGCUACCGGAAGCCGUUGAAGACAGACGAAGCAUGGGAGAUGAAGGACGCGCUGUGUCGGGCGCUGUACGGUUGUCUGUUUCUGCAAGUUGUCGCGAAGACGAACGCGUCUAUAGGUUACCUGAAGGAGGUGCAGAGUGCAGACGAUUUGCUUCUGUUUUGCGGAGUGCUGGACAUUUUCGGCUUCGAAUGUUUCCAGUUCAACUCGUUCGAGCAGCUGUGCAUCAACUUCACCAACGAGCGUCUGCAGAAUUUCUUCAAUACGUUCGUCUUCAAGUGCGAGGAAGAGCUCUACCGCGCCGAAGGCAUCCAGUGGAACCCUCUGGACUUCCCGGACAACGCAGACUGCGUCGCGCUGCUGCAGGAAAAGCCGCUCGGUCUGUUCUCCAUGCUCGACGAAGAGUGCAUGGUCCCCGCAGGCAAAGACCGAGGAUUCAACAACAAAGUCUGCCAGAAACACGGCGGUCACAAACGUUUCGGCGUGAUCAAAACGAAACCUAAUUGCUUCGUGGUGCACCACUUUGCCGGCAGCGUAGAGUACUGCUCCGACGGAUUUCUGGAGAAGAACAAGGACCAGCUGUCCGUGGAUCUGCAGGAGGCAGUGAAGGCUUCGACGAUCCCGUUCGUCUCCAACUUGUUUUCUGCGUUCCUGAACCGCGGCACAGCGGAAGACGGAUCGGGGAAGAAGCGAAAGUUCGUGACGGUGUCGAGCGAGUUUCGCGAGCAACUCGGCGCGCUGAUGGAGACCGUCGACAAGACGGCACCGCACUUCAUUCGCUGCAUCAAACCCAAUCCGCAGAACCUCCCAGACCUCUUCGACCGCGCGACAGUGAACGAGCAGCUCCGAUAUGGAGGCGUCCUGCAAGCGGUGCAGGUCAGCCGUGCAGGGUACCCUGUGCGCCUCUCGCACCGCGACUGCUUCUUCGACUAUAGGGCGCUCGCAGACGGAGCGCUUGCUGCGCAGCUGUCGCAGGGCACAGAGACGCCCGAGGCCUGGCGCGGCCGCGCUGAGGCUCUGCUCCGCCACCUGGACGAGAAGCUGAAGCUCGACCGCCGGAAAAAAGAGACAGACUCCCCGGACCGAACCUGGGCCGUCGGGAAGACCCUCUGCUUCUUCAAAAACGAAGCGUACGAGAUUCUUUCGGCGAACUUGAUGAGCGUGAGGGUGGCUGCGGCGACGGCGAUUGAGGCGAGGUACAAGUGCUUUGUGCAGAGGCGAUUCUUCCUGAUGUAUCGGCAGACUGUCGUUUUUCUGCAGUCUCACAUUCGCAUGUUUCUUUGCAAGUUGGAGGCCCAGAGACUGCGAGAGUCACGCGCUGCGCGGCGCGUGGAGAACUUCAUGCGAGGCGCCGUUGCGCGUCUGCGGUACCUGCGGACUCUGGAGAACAUCCGGCGAAUUCAGGCGGCCUGGCGAGGCAAGCAGACAAGGUCGCAGCUUCGCGAUCGAAAGCUCGAGGAAGCCGCCAGUAAAAUCCAGGCGUUCUGGAAGAUGCACAAGCAACGCAUGUUCUACACGAAUUUGAAGAAAGCCUCGACUAUUGCUCAACUCAAGUGGAAGAGAAUUCUGGCUCGGCGCAUGCUGCGGCGACUGCGAGAGGAGGCUCGCGAGGUCUCAGGCCUUCUGAAGAAGGCGCAAGAUCUGCAGCGCGACUUGUGCGAAGAGAAGAACAAGAGAAGCGACGCGGAAAGCCAUGUUCUUCAGUUGCAGGCGAAAAACGAAGAUCUCCUCAAAGAAAUCCAGAAACUCCAGAGGGAACUCGAACGCGCGAAAGAAGAUGUCGCUUCUCUACAAGCAUCUAACGACGACUUUGCUUCACAAGUAAAGCAGCUGAAGGAGAGUUUGACGGUGGGCUCUUCGACGCCAACGACGCCUCAGAUGACAUUCGGGACCCACAAGAGAAGGGUGUCGAACAACGCAGAUGUCCCCCAUUCUCAAGAGAAGGACAAGUUUCCGACAGACGAGGAGUUGAAGGCUUUGCGGACAGAGUUGGAGAGACGCGACGCGGAGGCUCAACAGCAGCAGGCAGAGCACGAGGCUCUCAUCGCGGAGCUCCGAGCGGCGUUGAAGGACGCUGAGAGUGCAUGUGAAUACGAGCGAACGCAACGCAAAGAAGCUGAGGCGCGGUACCGACUGGUCCUCGAAGACUCGAGCGCAAGCAGUACUCACGUCCGCGCGUCGUCUGCCUCAAAGGCUGCGGUCGCGGACUCUGCGCCCACAGCUCUGUUGAGAGAGAAGUGUAUGGAGAGCGACAUGGCGACAGGGCGACCUGGAGACUCGCUCGCGUCUUCGGUCGCGUCCGCUGCUCCUCUCUCGCCUCCGGUCGCGCUGGAGCCUGAACUUUGGGAGUCGGUGCUGCACGACCAGCGGUGGAUCGACUUGCUUCUGCUGGGUCCUGCCGGCGUGGGCAAGACAGGUUUGCUGGAGCAAUUUCUUGUGAAGUUGGGAGACGAAGUUCAUCUGGAGCAGCUCCGAGUGAGCCGAAAGAUGGAGGACCAAGCGCCCUUCAGCAAGCUGCCGCAACACUACGAACUCGUCUACUCUCCCGACAGCCAGGAAGGCCGUGAACGAGAAGAAGCUCGAGUGAACGUACUCGACUUUCCAGGCCUCUCGCGUACCAAGCAGAAUCCCGCGCUGAGGGUCAAGCAGGCCUUCGUCGUCGCGGUCGUCUUCGAUCCCACCAGACCUGAAACUUGUGCAGAGGCGCUGCAAAUCUUGACCAACGUCGUGCUGCCUGCUCGGCCCAAAGUCUCUGCACAAGACCCGUUGGGCGCCUGCAUCAGCGGCAGAGUUUACCUCGUUGAAAACGGGUGGCGCGCAGCCGCCAAAGAAGCUGCUGUGCAAGUCGACACUGCAGCUGUCAGAGACAAAGCUGCGGGUCUCCGCUGUCACUACCGCGAAUUGGUGCAUCUGGAGUCUCUGGUCGACGAAAUUGUGCCUCUGAUGUCGAGCUGGAGAGAUCUGCUUCAGCAGCAGAGACUUGCCAUGCUGCAGCACCACGCGCGGCUGCAGCCGGGUGGGCCUUCUCCGCAUGCGUCUCCGUUCUCCCUGCCUCGCUCGCAGACAGGUCGCGGAGCUUCGCUCUUCGCCACUGCGUCGCAGUCUGGAGCUCUAGGCGCCUCCGCUGUCGGAGGACAGGAGAACGGAGUUGAGAAGUCGUCGUCGGGCGUCUCUGCUCACAGACAGGGAGGCUUGUCUGCGAACUUCUUCGACAGCAUUCGCUCUUUCCUCUCACAGUCGUCGAUGCGACCUGCGGGGAACGUUCUGGCUUCUGGAAAGCAGGCCGCGGACCUGAAGCUGCUCAGACCGAGCAUGAAGCCUGGGGGCACCGCGAUGAUGAAGAAACUGAAGACGCGAAGUCUCGACCAACACUCGGUCGUCCCUGUGCAGGAACUGCAGGACUCGGACUCUGCGAUCACCUGCGUGGUGUUUGGCAAGGAGAAAGAAAACCGGGACUACAUUCUUCUCGCGGCUGCGAGCAAAGACGGCAGCGUAGUGAUCUACCGGUGUUACCGUCUAGAAGCUGAAAGACAAAUGUUCGACCAGGAGCAAGUUUCUCUAGUCACUCCUGCGGCUUCGCGGACCACUGACAGCAAGGAGCACAUCGGGCCUUCUGUCUCCGUGCACUCGCGACUCGUGGGGCACAGCCGCGCCGUCACCUGUCUCUUCUUCUCGCUCUUGGAAGACCAGCUGAUUACAACUUCAAUCGACAAGUCUGUGCGAUUUUGGCAUGUCGAUACGGGGGACAUGCUGAAAGUCUUCACAGACUCUUCUCCUGCGCUGGCUGCCGCCUUCCUCCCGUUCAACCCCACAGCCUUUGUCGCGUCGAACUCAAACUCCAUUCUUCGGCUGGUCUGCGCCACCAGUGGACGCGUGAUUCAGAAGCUGAAAGUGGAGAGCGAAGUGAGGGCGCUCAAGUUCGACGACACAGGGCUCUUCUGUUUUGCUGGAACGAAGGCAGGAGCAGUCCACGUUCUGGAGGCCAGCGACACAGUCAACAUUCGAUUUAAAUUCAAGACUUCUUUGGGGAAGGGCGCUGUGACGUGCAUCACCUUUGUGCCGAGCACAGGACCUGGACAGUAUCCGCGCCUCCUCAUCAACUGCUGCGACUCCAGCGUCGCCGUCGUCGAGUGUAUCUACGGCCCGCCUCCGGGCGUCCUCACCAACUUGCUCGUUCGCCACCGUGUGAGAAUCGCCCACAGUCUGCUUCCUCUAAGAUGCUGGUUCUCAAACUUUGGAGGAGGGUGGCUUAUCACCGGUAGUGAGGACAAGGACGUGUACUGUUUCUCUCUUCAACAAGGCGCGAACUUCAAGGCAAUCUCGCUCAAACAUCACCAGGCUCCUAUUCUCGCCGUGGCGACGAACUUGCAAGACACUUUGUUGGUCUCCGCGGACUCGAUGGGGAAGCUGGUUCUUUGGAGGAGCCUGGAUUUCUCUGCCGCUGGCGGCGGCGCCGGGGGGGCGCGAGGUCGAGCUGUCUGAGGCUGCCGGCGCUGUAAAAAACUGUUGAAGCUUCCGGGACAAUCUCAAAAACUUCUGGGACGCGGUUCUGAAUAGACUGUUUUUCGCAGAGAAGCGAGGAAAGCUGGGGGGUCACAGACGGCGUCAACGAGCUGUCGACUCGUCUCAGCUCUUUGUGUGCCUGUCGGAAGUGCAUCGCAUGCAGUUUUGGUGCGCGCUUCUGUUUGGACUCGAGACAGGGAAAGGGGAUAUCUGAAAGAAGCAAAAGUGGAAAAAAGGCGCGAGUAGCUCAGUGUCCAGGAAGCGAGACAAAAGGAGGCAGAAGAUGCACAAAAGAAGGCGAGGGAAGGACUUUUUGCGAUGAGGAAAGAAGACACUCUAUCCCGCUGUCUGCGCGAAGUCGUGUCCAGAAAAAUGUGGAUGUGUGGACAAGAAGUCGCUGCGGAUGCGCGGCAAAUUUGUUAGUUCUUGCAUGGUGUGGCGUCGCAGUUUCUUGUGGGGACGCCUGCAUCGUUUCCUCUUUUUUUCAUCAAGGCAAGGCAGGCAGAGAGAAGGUCGGGGGAAUGGAGAGGGGCAUGUCUCGUGCCGCGGUCAUCGCAGUUUCACUGAGACUCGAAACUCUGGUCCCGCCUGUUUGCUAUAUGUCCAGUGAAAACGCC